AUGCAAUCGAUACCUCAACUUUCAUUGGCGUUCUCGCUUUCCACCUGGGCACCAACCAAAAUCCCCACCUCUACUUCGCUAUCUUAUGUUGAUCCAACUAACUUCCCAGCAUUGACUUCAUCGAUUGUCUCCGCAACUCUGGCAAUCAUGGAACAGACACUGAUAGGCUCCUUGUAUCGACUCUCACAGGUUAUCAGAGGAGCUGAAGCUUCGUUGACCAUUAUUGAAGCACAAUCAAUACUAGCGACUGCAACUAGCAAUCACACUAAAAGCUUGUGCACUCAGGCGAUAUUUGAUGCAACAUUAAACUUGAAAAGCUUGGAAUUAGAAGAGAGCCCUUACGGUACCCAUUUAUCUGUGCUUGCAAAUUGUAUAUUUAUGGGAUUGUUCGCAACGCUUCUUGUAUUGCACGGGGGAUUUACGGUUUGGCUGAAAUUUUGGUACUUCGGCUGCUGCAUUAUACUUGGGUGUGGAUUUGAGUUUGCAGGUUACUUAACCAGAUUCUUAGCAAUAUCUGAUGAUCGCAAUACUGUCUAUUUUUUAAUUCAGAUAAUUUCUAUCACCAUGGCGCCGGCAUUCACAAUGGCUGGAGUUUACUAUCUAUUGGGUACAAUGGUAGUUGUCUAUGGGCAGAGCCAUUCGAUGCUAAGACCGAUAUGGUAUCUGUACAUAUUCAUACUUUGUGAUAUUCUAAGCUUAUGCAUACAAGCAAUAGGGGGUGCUUUGGCUGCAACUUCAGUAGUGAUAUAUGAAAACCCAGCCAUUGGCACUCAUAUAAUGGUUGCAGGAAUUGCAUUCCAGGUACUUUCUAUGACACUAUUCAUAUGGUUCUUAUUUGAUUUCCUAUUCAGAAUAAACUUCAGAGCUUCUGGUAAAGUCGAAUUUUCCUUAUCCAAGUUGUUUACACUAACAAUUUUUCAUAGGGGUCUGAAAGCUGUAAACUUACAUAGUAGGAUACUAGAACCAUACUAUGACCCACAAUACAGGUCAAUACGACAACGGCGAGAUUUCCAGUACUUACCAUUGCUAAUAAUUGUACUGACUACUCUUGUUUAUGUGCGUUGUGUAUACAGAGUAAUAGAACUUUUGCGAGGCUGGACAGGUUACCUUUACACCCAUGAGUUGUAUUCAAUAAUAUUCGACUCGAUAAUGAUAUUUCUUGCUUCAUUUCUACUUGGAAUAUUCCAUCCAGUACAUUUUUUUGGCAGAGGUGAAAAACUUCCGUUAAGAGGAGUGAAUAUGACCACCGACCAGGAGAAGGGAGGAAUACAACAUGAAGAAAAUGAGAAAGCUAUUGAUGUGAAAAGAAUGUACUCAUUUCAGCUGAGUAAAUACUCGAACUCCGAUGAUGCAACUACGUUGCAAUCUUUAGGUAAUGAAGAUUCCAGAACUACGAGAGCAGCCAGCGGUUCGGCGGCUUCCAUAAGAUCUGAUGACAGUGAGUUCCAUUUCUAG